GCGCGGGAUCGGGAGCGGGAACACCACCGGCACCAGGAACACCACCGCAACCGGACCGGAAGUAGAGCGAGGGCGGGCGCUGCAUUGGCCGCACUCCCCCUUCAUCAUCUAUCGUAUUUAUUGAGCGCUCACUGUGUGCAGAGCACUGGACUAAGCGCUUGGCAGCAGCAGCAGCAGCAGCAGGGCAUGUCGCAGAGCGGGGGACUGAACCUGCAGGAGGAAAACCUCCAGGGUUCCUGGGUGGAGCUGCACUUUGGCGGGAACAACCAUGGCGGCGGCGCUGUUCCCGCCUCCGUUUCCGCCUACAACGGGGACAUGGAGAAAAUCCUGCUGGACGCCCAGCACGAGUCGGGGAGAAGCAGUUCCAAGAGUUCUCACUGUGACAGCCCUCCACGCUCACAGACGCCCCUGGACAUUAACAGAGCUUCGGAAACCGACACCCAUAGCAGUGGAGAAAAGAACAGCUCUCAGUCGGAAGAAGACUAUAUCGAGAGGAGGAAAGAAGUAGAAAGCAUCUUGAAGAAAAACUCAGACUGGAUAUGGGAUUGGUCCAGCAGGCCUGAAAACAUCCCGCCCAAGGAAUUUCUCUUCAAACACCCGAGACGCCCGGCAGCCGCCCUCAGCAUGCGGAACACGAGCGUGAUGAAGAAGGGUGGCAUCUUCUCCGCCGAAUUUUUAAAGGUUUUCCUUCCGUCUCUGCUGCUGUCUCACCUGCUGGCCAUCGGACUGGGGAUUUACAUCGGAAGACGCCUGACGCCGUCGACUAGCAGCUACUGAGAGGCCACUGGAGUCCACACACACACCCGCCCCCGGCCAGGCCAAAUGGUCAAACUUGAACCUUAGACAUCUGGCCCGUUGACCCUUGUUUACUCUGUCCUAGCGUAGUCAGACGAGAGAGACACCAUGAAGCCAAGCGUGCGCGCGUUCUCUCUGUCUCACCUCUCCCCUCACCCCCACAGACAUACAUAUCCACAUCCCCCCCCUUCCCCUCCAUUUGAGAUCAGCUUAUUUCAUCCGCGUCGUACUGGUUAGGAUCUGCAUUUCCAGGUAGAGAAGGACCUCUGAAAAGCGUUCGCUGGGAAGUCUGCCCUGACCGGGAUAUGUCUAGAAUGGUAAUAAUAAUAAUAAUGAUGGCGUUUGUUAAGCACUUACUAUGUGCCAAGCAUCGUUCUAAGCGCUGGGGUGGAUAAAAAGUCAUCAGGUUGUCCCAAGUGGGGCUCACGGUCUUAAUCCCUAUUUUACAGAUGAGGGAGCUGAGGCCCAGAGAAGUUAAGUGGCUUGCCCAAAGUCAUCCAGCUGUCGAGUGGUGGAGUCGGGAUUAGAACCCACGACCUCCUACUCCCAAGCCCGGGCUCUUUCCACUAAGCCACAUUGCUUCUCUAGCAACCUUCCAGAACCUUCCCCCAGACCAGGAAACCGCCCCCGACUAUCCUGAUCAAAAUACCAUCUCACGGGGCUCAUCGGAAAGAAUCGACGUGGCUUCGGGGGAUCUGGCCGUUGGCUUAGUGCGAGUCCCCUGAGGACAAUGCUAAAUUCUCUUAUUUGCUUUUCUCAGGCGAAGAGAAGGAAUAUAGGACACAAGCGUAAAAGAUUUCAAAUGAAGUAGACGUGCGCUCAAAACGUAUUUCCUUUGGCAGGGCUGGGACUUUCCUGUCCCGCCACUCCCCGGCCCCUUUUGAAGUCAGCCUUCGAUUUGGGGUAUUUUUUGGGGAAUCUCUACAGUCGAUCUUGGGGUGAAUUGAAGCGUUCUUGCUUUUUAGGUCCUCUCAUAAAGGAGGGUGAGAAAUGAACCACUCUUAGGGUUUUAAAGGAUAAAAGGACAACAGAGGCGUCAGCUUAAAGCUAGCAUCGUUUCUGCUUUUGUUUUUGAAAAGAGGUGGCAACGGCGAUAAACUACACUACCCCCUCUUUUGGGCUUUCCCGUUUCUUAUCCAAGUGUAUCAAAAGGAGUGCCAUAUUU